AUGUCCAACUACAACUACAGCUACGUUAUCAAGUAUAUUAUCAUCGGCGACACAGGCGUUGGCAAGUCAUGCCUUCUUUUGCAAUUCACGGACAAACGAUUUAUGCCAGCCCAUGAUUUGACCAUCGGUGUUGGAUUUGGAACGCGUUUCAUUACAGUGGUGGGCGACCAGGGUGCCAAGCAACAAAUCAAAUUGCAGAUUUGGGAUACGGCUGGCCAGGAGUCUUUCAGAUCAAUUACUCGAAGCUACUAUCGUGGCGCUGCUGGUGCUUUGCUGGUCUAUGAUAUCACAAGACGAGACACGUUUGAGAACCUAAAAACCUGGUUGCAAGAUGUCCGUGAACACGCCAAUCCCAAUACAGUGGUGACAGUCGUAGGCAACAAGAGUGAUCUCGAGAGCAAACGCCAAGUGUCACGAGAGGAAGGUGAACAAUUUGCAAGGGAACAUGAUUUAUUCUUCAUGGAAGCAUCAGCCAAAUCUGCCGAAAACGUUGAAGAUGCCUUUGUCAAGACGGCCCAAAACAUUUAUAAAAAGAUUCAAAGCGGUGUGAUUGAUUUGUCAAGCGAGUCGAAUGGUAUCAAGGUUGCACCUCCACAAGGUGGAUCUUCGUUGCCAUCUGCGAAUGCGUCCUCGGGUGGCGGUGGAUGUUGCUAG